GACGCGGGCCAACCGCGCGGCGCUGCGCCUCCUCGCUCAGCCGGCCGCCCGCAUGGCGCUGCGCAGCUUCUGCAGCGCUGAUGGCUCCGAUCCACUCUGGGACUGGAAUGUCACAUGGCACACCAGCAACCCCGACUUUACCAAGUGCUUUCAGAACACGGUCCUCACAUGGGUGCCUUGUUUCUACCUCUGGUCCUGUUUCCCCCUCUACUUCUUCUAUCUCUCUCGCCAUGACCGGGGCUACAUCCAGAUGACACACCUCAACAAAACCAAAACUGCCUUAGGAUUCUUUCUGUGGAUCAUCUGCUGGGCAGACCUCUUCUACUCUUUCUGGGAAAGAAGUCAGGGAGUGCUCCGAGCCCCAGUGUUACUGGUCAGCCCAACACUGCUGGGCAUCACCAUGCUGCUCGCCACCUUUUUGAUACAGCUUGAACGGAGGAAGGGAGUCCAAUCCUCGGGAAUUAUGCUUACUUUCUGGCUCGUAGCCCUACUCUGUGCCCUUGCCAUCUUGAGAUCUAAGAUCAUCUCUGCCUUAAAAAAGGAUGCUCAUGUGGACGUGUUUCGAGAUUCCACGUUCUAUCUGUACUUCACCCUUGUGCUUGUUCAGCUCGUGCUGUCCUGCUUCUCAGACUGCUCACCCCUGUUCUCUGAAACUGUCCAUGACCGGAAUCCAUGCCCAGAAUCCAGUGCCUCUUUCCUUUCCAGGAUUACUUUCUGGUGGAUUACAGGGAUGAUGGUGCACGGCUACCGCCAGCCCCUGGAGAGCAGUGACCUCUGGUCAUUGAAUAAGGAGGACACAUCAGAAGAAGUGGUACCUGUGCUGGUGAAUAACUGGAAGAAGGAAUGUGAUAAGUCAAGGAAGCAGCCUGUACGGAUUGUGUAUGCCCCUCCCAAAGAUCCCAGCAAGCCUAAGGGAAGUUCCCAGUUGGAUGUGAAUGAGGAGGUGGAGGCACUGAUUGUCAAGUCACCCCACAAGGAUCGGGAGCCCUCUCUGUUCAAGGUGUUAUACAAGACUUUUGGUCCCUACUUCCUCAUGAGCUUCCUGUACAAGGCCCUUCAUGACCUGAUGAUGUUUGCCGGCCCCAAGAUCUUGGAAUUGAUUAUCAACUUCGUGAAUGACAGGGAGGCUCCCGACUGGCAGGGCUACUUUUACACAGCACUGCUGUUUGUCAGCGCCUGUCUGCAGACACUGGCACUCCACCAGUACUUUCAUAUCUGCUUCGUCAGUGGCAUGCGCAUCAAGACUGCUGUGGUGGGCGCUGUCUAUCGUAAGGCUCUUUUGAUCACCAAUGCAGCUAGAAAAUCUUCCACGGUCGGAGAGAUUGUCAACCUCAUGUCCGUGGAUGCUCAGCGCUUCAUGGACUUGGCCACGUACAUUAACAUGAUCUGGUCAGCCCCUCUGCAAGUCAUCCUAGCCCUCUACUUCCUGUGGCUGGUGUGUGUUUUCCCUUGGUCUCCUCCUUGUGCAGGGAGGGCUGACCUCGUCUAGGCACUGACAGGAGCCUGGGCCCUUCUGUGCUGGCUGGAGUGGCUGUGAUGAUUCUCAUGGUACCCUUAAAUGCUGUGAUGGCCAUGAAGACCAAGACCUACCAGGUGGCACACAUGAAGAGCAAAGACAACCGAAUCAAGCUGAUGAACGAGAUCCUCAAUGGGAUCAAAGUCCUCAAGCUGUACGCCUGGGAGCUGGCCUUCCAGGACAAAGUCAUGAGCAUCAGGCAGGAGGAGCUCAAGGUGCUGAAGAAAUCUGCCUACUUGGCAGCUGUAGGCACAUUCACGUGGGUGUGCACACCUUUCCUGGUGGCCCUGUCAACCUUUGCUGUCUUUGUGACUGUGGAUGAGAGAAAUAUCCUAGAUGCAAAGAAAGCCUUUGUGUCCCUAGCCCUGUUCAAUAUCUUGCGCUUCCCACUCAACAUCCUGCCCAUGGUUAUCAGCAGCAUUGUGCAGGCCAGCGUGUCCCUCAAGCGUCUCAGGAUUUUUCUGUCUCAUGAGGAGCUGGAGCCAGACAGCAUUGAGCGGAGGUCGAUCAAGAGUGGCGAAGGGAAUAGCAUCACUGUGAAGAAUGCAACCUUCACUUGGGCCAGGGGUGAACCUCCCACACUGAAUGGCAUCACCUUCUCCAUUCCUGAAGGAGCCCUUGUGGCCGUGGUGGGCCAGGUAGGCUGCGGGAAGUCAUCUCUGCUGUCAGCCCUGCUGGCUGAGAUGGACAAGGUGGAGGGACAUGUGACUCUCAAGGUAGGAUGGGGACCAGGAUGGGGAGAGAUGGUCUGGGAGGAAGGCUCAGCCCAGUGUCUCUUACAAACUGUCAAAAGAAGCAGCCAUCUCGGCUCAUCUAGGAAAGCAAGGUUUCAGUGACAGCCACUUCUUUCUUUGCUCAGUGCCUUGGCCAGUGUGACAUGUGAUAGCUGCUCAGUCAACAGGCCGUGAAUGCUUAGAUGUACUGCCGAGGAGUGCUUGUUCAUGGCUCUUGCCUUCCUUCUGAAUUUGUUUUAUUUCACUUCACAUGAUCUCCAGCCCCAACCAUUUUCCUGUUUUCCUGGCUGAAUAAUACACGAGGGUGUGUGUGUGUGUGUGCGUGUGCGUGUGCGUGUGCGUGUGUUGAAAGCAGAAAGGGCUGUUUGAGGGAGGAAGAAACCAAGAAAGGGAGAGGCACAAUGGUGAAUAUGACCAAAAUACAAUGAUGUAUCUGCCUGAAAAUGUCGGACAGAGGGAAGGAGGGGUAAAGACUCUGGAGGAUCUCCCAGCAUCCUGUCAGGGAAGGCUCCCCCAACCCCCGCUCUCACUUCAUCCUGUGGUCUCUGGAUAGAACCUUCUGGCUUCUUCUUUCUUUUGAAUCUUGUAAAUAGGGCAUAACUUCAGUACUGAUUGAUGUGGCUGGAAUAAUCUCAGAACCUGGUGUAAGAAACACAUUUUAAAUCUUUAGUGUUACUUGAAUUCUUAAUACGGGCCUGGAGGGAAAGCGUGUGGCUUUAGCAAUUCAAGGCCCAGCAUGCUCUGAGCUGAGCUAAACUUUCUGUGAGUUGACGGCUGCUGUGAAAAUGAGUCUCUUGGGACUUUUCUACAAGUGCUUUAUUCCCUUGGAGGCCUUUGCCUGCUAUGUAAAUAAGAUCCAGAGUAUCACCAGCAGCCUCUGGAGCAGCUGGGGAUAAAAAAACACAAUACAACCCCAGCUAUUUUGCUUGAGCCAGCUUGUGCCAGAUGUGUUUGCCUGUACCUGCCUGUCAUCUGCAUCCCCUUCCCCUGAGAACUCGAGUGUGGGGAUGUGGUCUUACGUCACUGUUUGAUUUCAAUCCAGAUCUUCCCCUUGCUGGUUCAGUGCUCUUUGGAAGUAAGUGAGCAGCAUCUGGGUCCAGGCAGAUAGCUGCUGCUUCUGGAUGUGCUCGCUUGUUUCUUCCAACAUGCCCAAGGUUGACAAAGGGAAAUUGUUUGUCAUUAGAUCCAUGCUGCAGUCUGUUUCAUAGUUCCUGGGUUCCUGCCAUCCCAGGCACUGGUGCCCUGUGUCCAAGAACUAUUUAUAGCUGGUGAUUUCAGAAAGUAUAUUGAAAGUGUUAGUUUUCCCCAGUGUCUUGGUAGACAUGGCCUAUGGCUGAGUAUUUUUUGAGCUGUACAAUUGAGGGGUCCUGACACUUGAGGCUCAUAGAAACUGGAAUGUUUAAAUAGCAAUUUGGUCUUUUUUUUUUCUGAGAUUUUAGAUACAGAUUUAGGUCAUUGAUUUCUAUUCCUGUAGUUUAGAAUCCUUUGUGACUUUCUAUCACCUUUUUUUUUUUUGAUAAAGGUGGGCAUGACACUAGCCAUGUGUGAACUAAUCCCUGACACCUGCUUUCCUGCUGUCCUGCUGUCCCAUGAGUUGUCCUUGACCAGUCAAGCUGGCCUUUCUGUCCCUUAAAGGAGUUGGAUUCUUUUGUUCCUUGUCUGUUGUUCCAGUGGAUCAGUGCCCUCCUUUCUUCUUAUCCUGGCUGUGUGUGUUUUGGGAAGUUGGUUCUUUUCACAGGCAGGUGUCUGCUGUUGUCUUUUUAUCAAGUCUGUCUGUCUUUUCCACUGCCUGCCACACAGGGCUCCGUGGCCUACGUGCCCCAGCAGGCCUGGAUUCAGAAUGACUCUCUCCGAGAGAACAUACUGUUUGGGCACCCCCUGCAGGAAAAUUACUACAAGGCAGUUAUGGAAGCCUGUGCCCUUCUUCCAGAUUUGGAAAUCCUGCCCAGUGGGGACCGCACAGAGAUCGGUGAGAAGGGUGUGAACCUGUCAGGGGGCCAGAAGCAGCGUGUGAGCCUGGCCCGGGCUGUGUACUCUAACUCUGACAUCUACCUCUUUGAUGACCCCCUCUCGGCUGUGGAUGCACAUGUUGGGAAGCACAUCUUUGAGAAGGUGGUUGGUCCCAUGGGCCUACUGAAGAACAAGACACGGAUCCUGGUCACCCAUGGUAUCAGCUACCUGCCCCAAGUGGAUGUCAUCAUUGUCAUGAGUGGCGGCAAGAUCUCAGAGAUGGGUUCUUAUCAGGAGCUGCUAGACCGGGAUGGGGCCUUCGCUGAGUUCCUGCGCACCUAUGCCAACGCUGAGCAGGACCUGGCCUCGGAGGAUGACAGUGUCAGUGGUUCAGGGAAGGAGUCAAAGCCGGUGGAAAAUGGGAUGCUGGUGACAGACACCGUAGGAAAGCACCUGCAGAGGCAUCUCAGCAACUCGUCUUCCCACAGUGGGGAUACCAGCCAGCAACACAGCAGCAUAGCCGAACUGCAGAAGGCUGGAGCUAAGGAGGAGACGUGGAAGCUAAUGGAAGCAGACAAGGCCCAGACAGGGCAGGUGCAGCUGUCAGUGUACUGGAACUACAUGAAGGCCAUUGGCCUCUUCAUCACCUUCUUGAGUAUCUUCCUUUUCCUGUGCAACCAUGUAUCUGCACUGGCCUCUAACUAUUGGCUGAGCCUCUGGACAGAUGACCCCCCUGUUGUCAAUGGGACUCAGGCGAACAGGAAUUUUCGGCUGAGUGUCUAUGGGGCCUUGGGCAUCUUGCAAGGUGCAGCAAUAUUUGGCUACUCCAUGGCUGUGUCCAUCGGGGGCAUCUUUGCCUCCCGUCGCUUGCACCUGGACCUGCUAUACAAUGUUCUGCGAUCACCCAUGAGUUUCUUUGAGCGUACACCCAGUGGGAACCUAGUGAACCGAUUCUCCAAGGAGCUGGACACAGUGGACUCCAUGAUCCCGCAGGUCAUCAAGAUGUUCAUGGGUUCACUCUUCAGUGUCAUUGGAGCUGUCAUCAUCAUCCUACUGGCCACGCCCAUUGCCGCAGUCAUCAUCCCACCCUUGGGUCUGGUUUACUUCUUUGUGCAGAGGUUCUAUGUGGCUUCCUCAAGACAACUGAAGCGCCUGGAGUCUGUCAGCCGUUCCCCUGUGUACUCACACUUCAAUGAGACCUUGCUGGGAGUCAGUGUCAUCCGUGCUUUUGAGGAGCAGGAGCGCUUCAUUCACCAGAGUGACCUGAAAGUAGAUGAGAACCAGAAGGCCUACUACCCCAGCAUUGUGGCCAACAGGUGGCUUGCUGUGCGCCUUGAGUGUGUGGGCAACUGCAUUGUGCUGUUUGCUGCCCUCUUUGCAGUCAUCUCCCGGCACAGCCUCAGUGCUGGCUUGGUGGGCCUCUCUGUGUCUUACUCACUGCAGAUAACUGCAUACUUGAACUGGCUGGUUCGAAUGUCCUCGGAGAUGGAGACCAACAUUGUGGCAGUGGAGAGACUGAAGGAGUAUUCUGAAACAGAGAAGGAGGCUCCUUGGCAAAUCCAGGAAACAGCUCCACCCAGCACCUGGCCCCAUUCAGGCCGUGUAGAGUUCCGGGAUUACUGCCUGAGGUAUCGAGAAGACUUGGACUUGGUUCUCAAGCACAUAAAUGUCACCAUUGAGGGUGGAGAAAAGGUGGGUAUUGUAGGUCGUACGGGAGCUGGGAAAUCAUCUCUCACCCUGGGUUUGUUCCGGAUCAAUGAGUCUGCAGAAGGGGAGAUCAUCAUUGAUGGGGUCAACAUCGCCAAGAUCGGCCUGCACAACCUGCGCUUCAAGAUCACCAUCAUUCCACAGGAUCCUGUUUUGUUCUCGGGUUCCCUCCGCAUGAACUUGGACCCUUUCAGUCAGUAUUCUGAUGAAGAAGUCUGGAUGGCCCUGGAGCUUGCUCACCUAAAGGGCUUUGUGUCAGCUUUGCCUGACAAGCUGAACCAUGAGUGUGCAGAAGGUGGAGAGAACCUGAGUGUGGGGCAGCGACAGCUUGUGUGCCUGGCCCGGGCUCUGCUGAGGAAGACAAAGAUUCUAGUGUUGGACGAGGCUACCGCAGCUGUGGACCUAGAGACAGAUAACCUUAUCCAGUCCACCAUCCGGACACAGUUUGAAGACUGUACUGUGCUCACGAUUGCUCAUCGGCUUAACACCAUAAUGGACUACACGCGGGUGAUUGUCCUGGACAAAGGAGAAGUUCGGGAGUGUGGUGCACCCUCUGAGCUCCUGCAGCAAAGAGGCAUCUUCUACAGCAUGGCCAAGGAUGCUGGCUUGGUGUGAGCUGGUCUCUGGCAUAUCCAAUGAGGACUGCAGGGCCAGGAUCCCAGAGUCCAGGCAUGAGCCAGCAACCCUGGAAACCUACGCUUCCCAGACAAAACCCAAAAAUUUAAAACGAAACCAAACUAAAAGGAAGCAAAAUACUUAGGCGUCUGUCACCAUUUGGCUUCAUCCUGGAUCUGACCUUGAAGAAGCUGGAAGACAGAUGCACCCCACUUCAGAUACACGUCUGGCCUCUGGCACCCUGAAAGUUCACCCAUGCUCCUGCCGUAUCCCACGGCAAGUCCAUGGGCAGCUAAACAUACUAGUGACCAAACACAAGCCACACUGCCUCAUGUCUCUUCAGCCACGUCUACGGAUGCCAAGCCUUGUAGCCUCUCCUGGCCUUGCCAGCUCUCUGUCACCUAUAGUCGUGUUGGUUACAGAAGAGUGCAUCUUGCCUUCAGGUCUUGCAGUUGAAACAUGGGAACCAAAAUGAACAAAAAGGAGAGAAAGAAAACCCCUAAAAAGUUCCUGUCCUUGUUAUGUCAGUGAUGUCCCCUUCCUGCCAUCUGGUCUUCAUGCACGCUGACACUGUCCCCUGCGUUCAGCACAGCUUUCACAGGACCUGCUUAAGACACAGCCUUGUGAAGGGACCUAGGCAGACAGGCUUGGAACCCGGCCAGGCAACACUCCCUUCACAAGGACUUACACCUUGCCCCUGCUUUCUGUUUCUUCCUGUUCAAAGCUGGGGAGGGCUCACUCCUCACAUAAGGUCUAUGAAUAGUUAUAAGCAGCAAAAGUCAAGAGCAGAAGGGAUGGUGCCCACGGGCAAGAAUCUGGUAUCAAAGACAGCCAGAGUUCCUUAUAGGGCCAGAAGAGAACCAUUCACAAAUAUCAGUGAUUUCUCCCCCCUACUUAUGAGCAUCGUUUCGUGGAGAAGGAUAGUCCCAAGAAUUUGAUGUCUGGGAGAAGGUACUAGAUUCAGGGAGCAGCCAUGCCCAGCUCUGCACUUGAUCCUCAGUCUGAAUACUUCAAAGUGGUCCUCUAGGUUGUGUGAGUUACAGACCAAAGAGAGACCCCCAUGGUUAGCAAGAACUUGAUGCCAGCCACAGUUCAUACUUGCUUUGAAUUUUGGCUCUAAUGUCAGUCCCAGAGAAGCAUCCUUUUUCUUUAGGUGGCAAUAUAUGUAUUUAUUUUUUGUAAGUUAAUACCAUUCUUUCACUUUAAAGGGCCCAGAUUUCUCCUGAGAGUCUUUUUGUAAUGACACUGGAAACAUGACUAUUUGAAAAUAAUUUGCAGUAAAGAAAAAUAUUUCAUUUCUUUCUAAACGAC